UUCUAAUAAUUUUAAUAUUGAUGCUAAUCGCACCUUCCGUACAAGCAUUUGGUGCUGGUAAUAUCCCAUCCUAUGCUAACGUAGAAGGAAAAGCUUUUAGACAUGGUGAUAUCACGGAUUCCAUCGGAGACCUCUACAAGAAAGCUGGCGGUGGAUUGCUAGCGGCUGUCACGAGGUCUAAAUUCUCGUCUUUAGAUAUUAAAAGGGUUUAUUUGUUACGUGAUUACUCACAAGCAUUCGAUACCGCUGCACUCUCUAAAGUAGACAAACAAACAAUCCUCAAUGUCGUUAUGGUUUUGUCUUUCCUUGCAUUCGGUUAUGCAACCGACGAGUUCGAAGUCACAGAAGAAAGGAUUGGUGUUUAUCUCCCUACAGAGCACAUCGACAACCCAAAGGGAUACGCAGAAGGCGAGGAUGCAAGGCGAUAUGAUCGCAGACUUCGUCCACCCGUAGACCCUCAUGAAUUAGAUAUCGACCCACAUACUGGAAUGAAGAAUUAUAUCGCAAACGAGCGCGUCUGCGAAACUUCAACGGCGUUAGUCCGUCGUCGUAUUCGUGAAUGUAUUGAAUAUGGUAGAAGAUACAAAAGUUCAAAGAAUAGUUCGGACGAGCACGAAGCUCUUAGAUUGCUUGGCUGUGCUAUGCACACCUUAGAGGAUUUCCCAGCGCACUCUAACUUCGCUGAAGUAUACCUCUACAAGCUUGGACAUAGAAAUGUGUUCCCCCACGUUGGUGAUAACGUUAGAAUACGCGCUCCAAAUGGCGAGCACGUUCCACCUAUUGUCACAGGAUCCUUUGGUGGUAUGGAUUUCAUGGCUAGUGUCCUCGGUGAAGCUGGUGAUCACCUUUCCUCUGCCUCAGUAAACGAUCUCAAUGAUGAGGUCAAGCGUGCAACAGCAAAGUCACGUGAAGGUCCGGGAGGUGGUGGCAAUUCAGCGAUCGACAAUCUUCGUGAUUUGAUAUUCCAACUCGAUGGAUACACUUCAAAGCUCCCAAAGAGCAGAUCUUUAGGUGGUGGAAAUGGAUCUGGUUCUCUUAAUAGGGAUUUUGAAGAUCUUAGCCAUUUGAGAUCAUCUUCUCGCGCACCUGAACAAAUGUCCCCACAGGAGUUACAUGCAACACUUUGGAAGAUCCUUUCAUUCCGUGACAGAAUCUCAAAAACAAUUGAGGCAACAAUUGACAAAAUACCUGGGUUGAAUGCGUUAGUGGAGAAGAUUUCCAACUCAGUCGCUGUCUUCAUUUACUCUACUUUAGAACCAUUUAUGGCUCCAUUGGUUAUGCAAGCAAAGGAGACAAUCGGUAAGGGUUCAAAAGAAAUCCUCACAAGACAAGAUCAAUUGGAAGUAUACAAUGAUCCAAAUUGCUCAGAUCCUACUCAUAGUGGUCUUUCAAAAGAUCAUUUCGAUCAUUUGCUUAACAAUCCUUGUGGUAAUCUUGCUAGAAUUAUCCUUGUGCACUCCACCAAACUCAUUGUAGAGGCAUGGGGCAAUAACGACAAUCCAGAUAGGAUUAUUGAUGAUAUACUUCAAUGUAUCCAUCAUCCGUACUUUGCCGAUGAGGGUCGCAGCAAAAUUCAAACUGAAAUGGGUGAAUUCAUGAGAAAGUGGGUCAAGGCACAAGGUCCAAAAAUUGAUCAAAUAGAACAUGGAUUGUCUAAGGAGUCCUGUAGAAAGCAAUCCAACAAGGUGCACUCACAUGUCCAUACCGUUAAUGACCCCACACUUGAAGGUCAGCAAGGUGUGAAUGCAUUAACCAGCGGCGGAUUAUGGGGUUUAGAUAACACUAAUGCACGCCAAGAUGACACUGGAAAGUCAUCUAUCAUGGACUCGAUGGCUAACUUAGGACUAGGAGGGAACAAAAAGAGUGAUAUUGAUUCUAGGCCACCUCCGUCGCCAAUGCAUAGUCGACCACCGCAAAGCCAAGCAUCACAUUCGCCAUAUCAAUCUCAUGCGCCUUCUCAUGCACCACCUUCACAUUCUCCAUACCAGUCACAUCAAUCACAUGCGUCUUCGCAUUCUCCAUACCAAAGUCAUACACCUUCACAUGCACCACCUUCACACUCACCAUACCAGUCCCACUCUGGCGGACCAGGAUUUCCUAUGGCCGAUGUAGCUGGUGGUUACGGCAGACAAGUAUCCAAGCCACCAACACCACCUGGUCGCCACACGCCUUACAGACCAUACCCAGAAACUGCAUCAAUUCCUAGUCCAGGUUUUGGUGGUCCUGGCCCUGGUCCAGGUGGAUAUGCUCCUCCGAUGCCAUAUGGAAUGCCAAGUGCACAAAUGCCUGGCACUGGCUAUGGAAGUGGCCCUGGUCCUGGUAUGUAUAGCCCACCACCUCCAAUGCAAUCCCCAUAUGGUGGAUACCCUCAACAGCCUCCAUAUGGUGGCCAUCAUGGAUAUCCAGGCAACCACGGUGGAUAUCCAGGUGGAGGAUGGCAUUAAAUUGUAAACCUCUUCAUUUUAUACUUUUUAUUU